AUGUGCGCCUGGUUCCAGCGCUUCAAAGCCGAAAACGAGAAACUCGAAGAUAAACCUCGCUUUGGUGGACCGACUGCAAUAUCGUUCGACGAAUUGAAGAAUCUCGCGCUGCAGCAUCCAUAUAAAGGUAUGCAGUAUUUUGCUGCCAGUCUUGGCUGUUCGCUGUCUACAGUGAGCAAUGGACUGCGAUCUCUCGGAAUGGUGAAAGAACUCGGUCAGUGGCCCCCACACGCAUUGAGCGACGGCAACCGCCAAAGACGCCAGGACAUCUGCGCUCAGCUGAUCUCGAGAAGCCGCAGAGUCGACUGGCUGGACACCAUUGUUACUGGAGAUGAAAUUGAGUCCUCUACGUCAACCCACAAACGUGCUCGGCGAGCUGGCGAUGAAAUGCCGGAUCCCUUCGUGAAAGGUGAAAUCCAUGAGAAGGUCAUACUGAGCGUCUGGUGUUCAUGA